AUUCUCUCUCUCUUCUUCAGAUUUCCCCCCUUUUUAAGGUCCGCCAUUAGAGAUCUCUAGGGUUUCUCAGUUCCCGCUUCUAGUUUCCGUCCUCAACUUCGAUCAUUUGUUGAUCGGAUGCUUAAGUUAGCAGCAGUCCUUCUCGCGUUCGCAGCUGAUGAGUGAUCGGUCCAUUCCUAGGGUUUCAAUGAUGGAAACGCUUAUUAACUACAUCGACGACAAUGAUACUAGUGAUAAGAAAGAGGCCGAGAUCACUGACAAAGAAAGCGGCCUUCUUCAUGCAAUUUGGCAAGACGACAGUUCUCGCCUCAUAUCACUGACAAAGCGGAAGACCAAGAGAGCAGAGGGCGGAUUAGAUCGCAGUGAUGACACCUUGAACGAUCAUGAAACAAUAGAUCCUGGCACGGCCUCGAGACUUCUGCAACUCGCUUGCAGGCUAGACUCGGUGGAGUGCGCUAAAGUCCUCGUCGAAGGGGAUACCGGAGCAGUGGUUCAAAUCAAUGAAAUGGACGGAUCAGGCCGGACACCGCUCCAAACUGCUGCAGCAAUGCAUUCUACGAAAUGCAUCGACCUCCUCCUCAAAAAGAACGCUCGCACUGAUCUCCAAUCCAAGGAUGGGGAUUCACUUCUUGCACUUGAGAUCGCCUUAUCCAGUAAAAGGAUGCAAGUCGAUUGGCAUCCUAAAGACUCAGUCGAAGAGCUGCUGAUUCUUCUGAGAGAAAGGGAUUUAAGUGCCAUGCGGUUGCUGGCCGUGGCAACUAAGGAUGUGUCAGCGGUUGCGUACAGGAGAGCCAUGAAGGGGAAUAUCGUUGAGCUGGCAGCAUUGCUUCUGGUAGUUGCUGAUAAGAUCACAGCAUCGGUGCAUAUUGAACAUUGCAGUUUGAAUGGUAAAAAGAGCAGGACGAUCUACGAGUCAAUUUUGAGCGAGGCAAUGUCUCUGUUUGAAAUGGAGAAGAGGGUUCAGAGCAACCAGGCUAAAUAUGAUCAGGACCUGGUUCCCACCUACCAAAAGAAGAGACGGCUUCUCCUUGGUGAGAUUGAGUUGAUCCAGACCUUCCGUGGAGCUGUGGAUAAUUGCAAGAAGAGGAAAGACUUAUCACCUCUUAUUCAGGCUUUGCGAAUUGGAGAUGAACCUGUGGCAAAGUUGCUUCUUCAGGCAGGAGCUGACACCAGAGAAACUGAUGGAGAUGGGAAUACAGUGCUUCACUUGUGCCUUAAAGCAAGUCAUUUUUCUCAGAAUCUAAGGCUUUUGUGGCUCUUGCUCCAACAUGGUGCCAAAGUAUCUCAGAGGAAUCUGUUAGGAUUAACACCAGUUCAUGUCGCGGCAGAGAAGGGUAAUUACCAGGCUCUUCAGAUAUUGUUGCUUCACGCUCCAGAAUGUGUUGAUAUUGCAUCCGUAACACAAGAAACUCCCCUGUUUUUUGCUGUGAGAAAUGGACAUCUGGAUUGCACAAAGCUGCUAUUGCAGUCUGGAGCUGAUUGCCAAGUUAUUAAUCUCCGGAGACAAAGGCCGAUAGAUUUGACAAGUUCACAAGACAUCCGCUUCAUUCUCAAUCCUGCAAAUCAAGAAUUUUUAUUUCAUAACAGGACUCCUCAAGAAGAUUAUAGUCAUGGCACAGUUUGUUCUGCUGACAACGAGUUAGCGGAGUUACAUGAACCCAUGUUUGCAAGGAAUCCCCAAAACAAAGAGUGUCCUAACAAGAAGACGGAGGUUUGUCGUUAUUAUGACUCUCUCAGCGGUUGUGUGAAAGGUGCCAAUUGCAACUUCACCCAUGGAGAGAGUGAGCUGAGACAGGGCCCACUUGAACUGAUGGCUGUGUCUCCUUACAGAACCAUAACCAAGAAAACAGUCAUGGAUCGAAAGGUUUUUGUUGGGGGUCUCCCACUCUCUGUUGACUCAGACUAUCUUAAGGAGUUCUUCCAGGCCGAGUUUGGACCAGUGGAAAAAGCCAUAGUGAUCACCACUAAAGCAGGCAGCCAAUCACAGUCCAAAGGGUUUGGCUUUGUCACUUUCAAGAGGGAGGAGACUGUCGAAAAUGCUGUAAAAGCCCGAUUUGUGACGAUCUUUGGCAAGAAGGCUGAAAUCAAAUGUGCAGUAAUGAAUUUUUUUUCGGAGUCUUACCAAAAGGAUCCAGAUGGACAACCUCUUGGAUCACUGUCAGAGCACUUUCCUCUAUGGCUAGUGAAAUUUAGAAAGUGGCUACCAAUAUUCCUGAAGAGGGCAUUUAAGCGCGUCGAAAAUGCGGAGGGAUAUCCUCUUUCCUCUCUUAAAGCAGACUUCAGGGCAACAUGUGGCAUGGAGUUGGACCACACGUCUCUUGGCUUCCUCAAACUUAGUGAUUUCAUGCGUGCAUUCCCUGACCUUUGCAAGAUGCGGCUGCAUCCUGCUGGAAAUGGCAUUGGUAGCCACAUAGUCCUUUAUCCUCAGACCUCUGGAAGACACCAUGAACUGAUUCGGAGCCUGGGAGAUCAUCCAUCCUUGAAAGCUAUUGAGAUCUCUAAGUCACUGUCAGCUAAUGAAGUCAGUGAGGAAGGACCUUCCAGUAAUGAGAGCAAAGCCAAGGAGAAGGUUAAUAUUGGUUAUCUACCCCGUGAAGAGGGAAUUCAGCGCUCUAAUCCUUGGGGAGAGGUUGUUGAAUCUCUACAAUCGAGGCUUACAAAUACUAGCUUGACUGAGGUGGGGCAUCAGAUAUCGUGUAAGAAGCAAGGAGGUAUAGAAGGAUUGAGUCAAUCGCCUGCAGAGGGCAGCAGAGGAGCCCUAGAAGAAAACCAACCACCUUCUUUCUCUUUGUUCAGAAGACAGUGGGACCACUAUGCGCUUGUACAUGGUCGCUGUACUGUUUGCUUUGUCCAACCUGGUUCAUUGGCAAUAAUUCCCUGUCAUCACAAACUCUGCCUCAGUUGCUUUAAGAACAGUAUCCAAAGGACAUGCAUUAUUUGCAAUGCCAAGGUGCAGGGGUUCAUGUUCCUGGAGGAUAAGCUUCCAGAUACUCGCUGUCUUCCGCCAACUUCUACAGAGUUUUUACAGUAGAUGUGUUUGUAUCACUUUACUUUUUGCCCAGUCUUUAGAACGGAUGUUUUAGGUUGUGGUAGGUCAUGGAGGAGAAGUUCUAACUCCUCCAAUUUUGUUAUGCCUGCCCAACAUCCCAGAUAAAUUUUGUCCUUUGAUGUCUGGGAAUUUCUAGUAGGUUUAUAUGGCUAUACCUAGGAUAAUGUAAGUUCUACAGGAUUAUGAAUAAACUGAAGUAUGCAGACGAUUCUUCCUUGUACAAAGAACAUUCUAGUGUGUGUUCCUCAGAAUGAGAUUGUAAU